GCUGACUGGUGGUCCCAGGGCUUGGCCAGCUGCCCAAGGCCAGGAGGGAGGAGAGAGAUCCCAGGACAAAUGUGCAGAAGGGCCCUGAGUAUGUGUAGAAAUGUUGUCAUCAGUUCCCCACAGAAAGACUUGGUGGAAAUGGAAGAAGACAGUCAAAGUCACAAGAUCUUAUCCAACCUUCUCUUCCCCGAAUGCCUGGAAAGCAUUCCGGGGCCUCUUGCCUGUGGAUGGGGAGCCCAACCCUGGAGUGGGCCUGGGUGUGGUGGAGGGGCUGCUCUGCCAGAAGGUCCAUUCUCCAGAGUUCAACCUGUUUCCUGACUCAGUGGUGUUUGAAAGCAACUUUGUCCAGGUCAAAAGGGGCAGGAAUUGGCUAGACAUCCACAAAGCCUCAGACACCACGGCCCUCGGGGUGACCUCCUCUGUGCCCUGCCUGCCCCUUCCCAACAUCAUCCUCAUGGCCAGCGUCAAGUGGCACCAGGGGCAAAGCCAGACGUGGAACAGACCAUCCACAGCUCCCAGCAUCUUCCUGAAGAGGAUCCUCCCAUUGAAGUUUGUGGAGCUCCAGGUCUGUGACCGCCUUCAACGCAUCCUGCGACUGAGGACAAUCACUGAAAAGAUCUAUUACCUAAAGCUCCACUCCGACCAUCCUGAGACUGUCUUCCACUUCUGGAUCCAACUGGUUGAAAUUCUGCAGAAGGGUUUGUCCAUCACCACAAAAGACCCUAGGAUUCUUGUCACUCACUGCCUGGUACCCACGGACUACUGCAGCCCCUCAGGAGACGCUAAGUUAGUACAGAAGAAACUUCCAGCCUCCCAACCCAGCGAGAGCCUUAUUCAGCUAGUAGCCAAGGAGGAAAGUGAAGUCCUGUCUCAGAUUCUUGCCGACUUACACCAGCAGCACCAGCCCAGGAGCAGCAAAAAGGCGGAGACCAACAAGCACAGCUCAGGUAAAGAGACACCCUGUGAAGAUAGCAUCCCUUGCACCCGUGACCUCCACUGGAGGGAUUCGUUCAUGAACGGAGAGUGGGAAAGAGAGAACCCGUCCGGGCCACAGCCCCUCUCACUCCUCAGCACUCUGGCAGCCUCCACCAGGCCACAGCUGGCCCCACCCAUAGGAAACUUGAUUUGA